GUGGCAGCCAAAUAUUGGCGCGUCAAAUUCUGAGCCAGAGAUUUUCACAGCUUGGGCGAACCCUUAAAAACCUGCAACCGCAUGCAUUUGUUCAGUUAUUCGCAAAUUAAUUUCAUCUCUUCGAUUAAAAAUCCUCUCUCUCUAUUCUCUUUCCAUCUGGCCAUUGCUCUUCCGUUUCCAUUGCGUAAAAGAAAGGGUAAUCGAAGCAUGGCGAAGUCGGCGGCUGAUUCACGUAGCAACAGGGCGGCGGUUCAAGCCACCAACGACGACGCUUCUGCCAGUAAACUGUCAUGUGUUAAAAAGGGAUACAUGAAAGAUGACUACAUCCAUUUGUUUGUUAGAAGACCUGUGAGGAGAUCUCCUAUAAUUAACCGUGGUUAUUUUGCUCGAUGGGCUGCAUUGAGGAAGCUCCUUUAUCAGUUUCUUGAUUGUGAAGGAUGCAAUAGUGAAAAGGAUAACACAAAGAAGCAGAUAUUAUCACUUGGUGCUGGAUUUGAUACCACAUAUUUUCAGUUGCAGGAUGAGGGAAAAGCACCAUAUCUAUACGUGGAACUUGAUUUUAAAGAGGUAACUAGUAAGAAGGCUUCCCUUAUUGAAUCCUGCAGUCAGUUGAGGGACAAAAUUGGUGCAACAGCAUCAAUUUCACGCGAGAAUGGAGAAGUGCUUAGUGAUCACUACAAGCUACUUCCAGUUGAUUUGCGGGACACACAAAAACUGGAUGAUGUCAUAUCUCUGGCAAAUAUGGAUCCUGGUCUGCCAACAUUUAUAAUUGCAGAAUGCGUUUUAAUAUACCUGGAUCCAGAUUCAAGCCGUUCUAUUGUUGGUUGGGCAUCAAAAACAUUUUCAACAGCAAUAUUUUUCUUAUAUGAGCAGAUUCAUCCAGAUGAUGCUUUUGGGCAGCAAAUGAUAAGAAAUUUGGAGAGUCGAGGCUGUGCACUUUUGGGUAUUUAUGCUACACCAACUUUGCUUGCAAAGAAAAAACUAUUUCUUGAUCAGGGAUGGCAGAAAGCUGUUGCCUGGGACAUGAUGAGAGUUUAUAGUAAAUUUGUUGAUUCUCAUGAAAGACGCAGAAUUGAGCGGCUGGAAUUGUUUGAUGAAUUUGAAGAAUGGCAUAUGAUGCAGGAGCACUAUUGCGUUGCUUAUGCAAUCAAUGAUGCAAUGGGAUUGCAUGGGAAAUUUGGGUUUCCUGAUGACCAGAAAUAUGUGUCUUCAGCUGCAUCUCCAUGAAAAAAUGAGGCAGCUCCACAUCGUAGUUCUCUCGCCAACUUUGAAUAUACAAUUAAAGGCAUAGAAGCACGUGUGCUGCCACGUGCCAACUAAAUAAGAGGGGUUCUUGUCAGGUGAAAAAGGGCUCUUCAACUAGUUAGCCUUUAGCUCUAAAAUGUCUCCAAAAGGUUUUAUGACUUGUUGUAGCUAUGGCUGUAUGGGUUUGCCUCUGUGUAUUUGCUCUGUUUGACUCGAUAAAACAAGAUCUUUUCUUUCC